AUGACAACUUACGCUUUUAUAAUCCUCUUCUUGAGUCUUUUCAAUAUCCUCUACACUACUGCUAGUCCCACUCUGCAACGUCGAGGGGCUGGACCUCUCUAUAGACCAGACGGGAUCCCAGUGGUAGAUGAUGUGCAGCAGCACCAUCUUGAUUGUGCUUAUGUCGCAUCGGUGAUAACAUUACUUCGAGCACCGGAUUACAUCAAAUCUCUAAUUCACUAUCAAGGGAACUUCAAUUCUGUUUCCGAGGUCAUAGUGACAUCUUAUGACAUACACACCCUCAAGCCUGUUGAUCAGGUAGUCACGCUUGAUGAAAUAUAUCUUCGAAACGACACCAAGGGGAAUAUCUGGUGGCCAGGAGCAUUAUACCGAGCACCUGGAAAUGCGAAAUUGGUUGUAGAUCCAAUGGGUGAAUUUGGCAUGCCCACGAUGACCCCAGGAGACGCAAUGCAAUUGUUAACCGGAAGACGUGCCAAAGGAGAUGGACCGGAGGAUAUUGCGGAUUUUUGGGACAUCAUCAAAGGCGUGCAGGAGAGUCCAAUGGUGCUUCAGACCAAAGGCGAGGGCUGUACCAUUCUACUUGGACGUCACGCAUAUGCUAUUGCUAAUGCGACGGAAGUGGAUGGAGUCAGGACCGUGGGGUUGAUCAAUACCGAUGGAAAAGAUAGCUUGCUUAGUGUGGACGAAGCAUUCUCUGACUUCUACCUCUUGUGGUCAUCUGCUGCGCUAUCUGUCGUUUGCCACUGUGAUCGCGAGGUUUCUGCAGCUGCGCUGUGGUGUCUUUCUCUAAUAGCUGGACAGGCGAUAGCUUCCCCUUUCAACGUUCCCCAACGACCUUUUCAUGAAGAGUCUCUUAAGCACCUCAAUGAUGAAGUCAUAACGGAAAGUGAUCAAGCUAUACUGGAUCUCCUUGGACAGUAUGCUCCCGUAUUCAAGCUAUCGAGCCUAGAAGCGUUCUACCCUUCGUCCGUAGAUUAUAUGUUUCCCCAUUACAACUAUACUGAAGGAUCUCCAGGCGAGAUAACACCUCUAAACCAGUCAUACCUCACCCGUACUCAACUCGAUAAACUCCCUUCGGCAGGAUCAGGAUCAUUCCUCUCCAUAUCCGAGCGACAUAAUCCACAGCCAUUGUUAGAUGAAGACGCCGAGUACCUUUUUGGUCCCGCUGGUCAAGAAGAUGCGAUGAAAUUCGGCAGUGACGGUAGAGGUAGAGUGGAAGAGGAAGUCUAUGGUUUUGCGGUAGAUCAAGGUAAAGGGGUUGUAGAUUUGUGGUAUUGGACCUUCUACCCAUUUAACUUUGGUAAACCGGUUGGACUUUUCGGUAUCUUGGGGAAUCAUGUCGCGGACUGGGAGCAUCUCAGAAUGAGAACAAUAAACGGCACAGCUGUAUCGGCUGAUUACACCACUCAUACUGGAGGUCGAUUUAAUGCAGGUACUUUUCGAUGGGAAGAUAUUGAGAAAAUCGAUGAUCGACCGGUAGCUUAUGUAGCAGCUGGAAGUCAUGGUGUGGGAAAACUGUUCCAGUUGGUCGAUUUGACGGAUGAUGAGGGGCCUAUCUGGGAUACAAAGAACCACGUCGUACCUACUAUGUACUGGUAUAGCCCGGAAAGUAGAAGAAGGGUAUGGCACAGAGGAGACCAAAGCUGGUUGAACUUUAGAGGUUGGUGGGGUAACAGAGGAGAAACAGAUUGUUGGUGGCAUAGAGUGGUGGGCUUUUGUCAAGUGGUUGAUGCACCUGGGGGACCCAAUAGGGGUUUCGGUUUCCCACCUGAUUGUACGAUUGCCCCUUUGACCGACGAAUUCUCCACAUACAAAUUCCGAUUUUCUUCUUCAGCCAUCGAUUGGGCGAAAACACACAAUGUCGCGUUGGUGAAAGUUGAGCAAACCUGUACAAGACCUAAACGAAAUCCCGACGAUGACGAUGACGGUGAUGAACCAGAUGAACCUGUCAAUGUAUACCGUGAUGAAGUUGAGGGAGAAUUGGAAGUUUGGAAUGUAAAAGGGUUGACUGAAUUCAAAGGUACCGAAACACAUACCGUCACGAUUGAUCCUUGUAAAGGUCGUCAGUCGGCUGUAAGAGCUUACAAACUUUCGCUAUGCUUGCUCAACGGGAAAUGCUUGACCAGCUCACAAGACAGAAGAGUGUGUACAUUCGAACAAGGGAAGAAAGGAUAUAAGUUUGGUAGCGCAGUAAUGUUGGACGAUACAGACGAUUGGAGAUGGAAUUAUUAG